AUGGAUUGCAGGUUUAUCGAAUUCGGGAGGGGCAAGGCAAUUCCAUUGACACCGGAUUCGUCGAAUGCCGAUCUACCUGGCGAAAUAUCAAACACAGGCAAAAUUGUCGUGAAAAAACGUAUUGCAAAAAUUGAAAAGACCGACAGUAUACAAGUGUAUGACAAAGAAAGUAAUCGCAUGCUGAAUGGCAAAAUGAUGCAACGCAAAAAGAAAGGUCGAUUGUACAGUUUGGGCGGCAAUGAGCAGCCCAAGCGAGCUACACGCGGCCGUUUGGAUCGCCUUAAGACGGUUGGAACAUUUGAUUUGGGCAAUGAAAUGGUACUGAACGAAGUGGCACGAAAUCUCAAUGAACAAAUCAGUUGCGGUGCAAUCGAUGAAAAUGGCGAUGGUAGCGUGUCGGAACGAAUACAAGCCCGGCGAAUGAGCGCAAAUGCUCUACUAGCCGGUGCUGGUAGCGUUGAACCACACGCAUCGGCUGAACAUCGAUUGAGCUACACACCAGGCCCAUGCCGUAGAGAAAUUCAGAAAAGCGGUUUGGCCAAACGGAUGGCCAGCCGUGAUUCAAAGCAUCCAGGUGGUUCGGGUACAUCGUCACCGGGUGCACGUCGACUGCAUUCGAGUGCAUCAUCGUCGUCGAGCAAUCAACCAAAUGUGCCAACACAACAUUCAGCCGAUGACUGCUUAGAGAAAACGAAACCGUUUGUUGAUCACCGAAAAUCACGCAGUUCCAGCACAAGUACCAUUUUAAAUCGAGUCGAUGGCGAUCCAAAGCACUCGGGUGCCUUUUAUAAAAAAUCACCCAGCAAACAUUUGCCAGCCACCAAUUUUAUUAAGAAAAGCGAUUACAAAACCCGAUCGAUGACAAAAAAUGUCGAGAGUAGCAUUGACAAGAUGACAGCGCAUGGUGAAGAAACGGUGCCAGCGUCCAAAGUACAAGAAGAAGUGGAAAGGGAAGAAGGUGAUCAAAUUGCUCGGCAGAAAGAAUUGGAGGUUAAAGAAACAGCGCAGGAGGCAGAAACAGUCGAGAGAAAAGAAGAAAAACCAUUUGAAAAGAGCGAAUCGGUUGAAACGGCUGCAUCUGAUACAAAUCAAGCUGAUGAAUCCAACGUUCCCGAAGAAAUAAUGACGGACGAAUGUGUGUACAAACCACGAAAACCAAUGCUGAGAAAAUCCAAACGAAUCGUUCGAACCGACUCGGAGGAACUGUUUGACGAGGCCAAUUACGGUGCGAGUCAUGAUGGUGGUGGUGUUCAUCAAACGACUCGCGUCCAAAUUCACAAUGUACCAUCAAGCUACGAUGAACCGCAAACGAGACAAAACGAUGUCCAAAAAGGCGAUGAUGACGAAAAAGCCGAAGCGCGAAAAGAGGACGACAGCGAAAAAGAGUGCGGGCAAAGGGAGAAGGAAUCGAGCGAUUUGGACGAAGCGUCGAUGCCACGUGAUCCAUUGAAAUCCACAACAACGAACAGUUCACGCAACAUAUCGGUCGAUGAGGCAGACACAGUGUUCUCCGAUUCGACAAACGAUCUGGAAAAAAUGGAACGUGACUAUCGUGAAUUGGCCCGAUCGAAUUUACAACGUGAGUACAAAAGUGAUGGUGACACACUGGACGAAGUGGGUAAAAAACGGAACGAUUUUCAAAAUUGGAAAAAUCAAAGCUUUGAAACGAAUUUCGAAAUAUAUGGCCAGCAAUCGGGUGGUGGAAUUAGCCAAAGUGCUGAUUAUAUGGAAGAUCCGGAUAAAAUUGAAGUGUUGGAGCGUCGAGAAAGUUUUGGUGCGGUGCUGAGUAUCAGUGAAGAUUUGCCAAAAUUGGAUGUUGAAAUUGAGGGCGAUGGCGCACCAAGUGCCAACUUAUCGGGAAUUUGUAGCCCUGCCAGUCAUGUUACGAUCAGCACGACAAAUAGCAGUGACACCAGCUGUACGAAGCGUAUCAAAGAAAUUGCGAAUUUCUUCGCGCCCAUCGGUACAAAUUAUUCGAAAGACAAUUUAUCGCAGCGAGGAGGAGAGAGCGACGGAAGUACAUUGACGAGUCCGUUGAAAGUAGCAAACAGUACGCAUUCAUCAUCGUCCGAUCAGAAGCACAAUUCAAAUGCGACGCUAAACAGUACGGUGAAUCCGCCGCCAUCGCCGUGUCAGCGACCCACCAAAUUGGAUAUUGUACAGACGGAUGCACAACAACCAAUGGCCACCGCAACAUCGACCGCGAAAGAGGGUACAUUUAUGAGUUUAUUCGAAAAACGUUUCGGUAAAUUCAAAAAAAUCAACAAACUGUUGAAAACGAAACGAUUCAGUGCAUCGGCACUGUACGAUAAACCAAAAGAGCCGAUCAAAGCAAAAUCCGUAGAUAAUCCGACGCCGUCAACAUCACACGCACCGUUGCCAUCGUCCAGUGCGAAUCAACAGUCAGCGACGGCUGCACAAGCUCACGAAAAGUCUGAAUCAUCAUCGAAACUAUUUCGUUCACGUUUUAGCCCCGGCAAAUCCAGCAAUUCCGAUUCGAAAAGCAGCGUUUACUCAUCGAAACUGUCAUUAUUUAGUCAAAUUGCAAACAAAAGCUCAAUAUUCCAUAAAAAAUCGCCCAUGUUUUCGAAUUCAUCGCGUUCGAACACCGAAUUAAAUACAAAUACACGCACAAACAGCAAAACACGACUAAAUGAAUUCUCCAAAUCGAAUUCUGAAAUCAAUAAAUACAAAACGAGUCCGAUGCGCUUCAGUAUGAAGCGUUCGAUGAAAGAGAAAAAACCGAGUAGUUCAACGUGUGUGUACACCGAACCCACUCAUUCGCCAUUGUCGGAGGAAUUUUACAAUAAAACCGGAAGCGUUCGAUUAAGCGCAAUUGAACUGUAUCAUAAAUUUAUGCUCGAAGAUUUUGUCGGUUUGUACAAACAAGAGCCGUUCACUGCAGACGAUUUAAAUGGAACGUACGAUAGUCAUUAUGAUUAUCGAAAACGAUAUGCACGCGGCAAAAGUCGGCUGUUGAAACAGAAAAGCGAACCGAAGUUCACAUUCCGAGGCGAUCCAACCGACUACGAUCCAAGAGAAGAGGACGAAGAUUUCUACGAAGAGGAAUUUUCGGACGAAUAUUUCGACGAGUAUGAGGGUGAAGAAUGCGAAUUUGAGGAUGAGUACGAUAUGGAGGACAUGGAAGAUAUGGAAGAAAUGGAUAUGGAAGAUGAAAAGGACGAUGACCAGCGAGCAUAUCAGUCGGAAAGUGAUGUCGACGAGAUAUUUUUGAUGCCGGAAGGUAGCAAGUGCAGCGAUUACGAGUAUGAGCAAUAUGGUUUUGAGAAUAAGCACUUUUCGAUGGAACAUUCGUUGGUGUCUCGUUUGUCUGGUGCCGAGCAUGAUCUGGGUGUUAUCGAUGAAAUUCCAUAUUUGGAUGAGGUGCAACCACAAUUUGCAUAUGUGACCGAACAAACGCCGGAAUGUGAUGAAGUAUUAACCAUUUAUAAAAUAUGUUCUUCCGAUGAUUUAUUGACCGUCAAAGAGGAGCCAAACGAAGAGGAUGAAGAAGCAAUCCAACCGCCAUCCACAUCACAAAUUUCCCAAUGCAUGUCAACAUCGGAUCACACCGAGCCCGGUUGCAGUUCAGUUGAGCAUGCACUUAACGAAUACGUAAAAAAUGCACCGUCUGACAUGCAUGACAUAUCUGUAAAUAUUGAAUCGAGCGACCUGAAAACUGAUAUUUGCACCGUAAUCGAACGUGCCGACUCAAUGGAAUCACUGCGUCUGAGCGGUUCGAGUGGAACAAUUCGAUCGGGUAGCACAGUGACUGGCUAUGAUUUUGACACGGUAAAAAAUCUGAAUUUGGACAGUUGUAGCACAUCAAAACUCAGUCUAUCGCUGAAAAGUGAGGGUUUUGAUGAAUUUACACUUACACCCGAUGAACCAAAAAUCAUUCGAAAUUGUGAAAUCGAAGAUUUUACGCUGACACCCGAAGCAUCUUGCAAUGAAGUCGUGCCAAUGUGUUUGAGUACGAUUGAAGAGCCGGAAAGCGGUGAUUUUCAUCAUGGUGGCGAAACAUUGCGCUCCGAACAAUUGGGCGAAACGCCUCAGUCGGAGGUAAUUGCUUCCACCGAGCCGACUGCCAAAACCAACGAUGACGAAUCAAUAUCGAGUAAUGAAGUUGUGAUGAUUGUGGAUAAAUUUUUGGCCGGCGAACGAUUACUACAGCAAAAUUUGAGCAUUGUCCCAGUUGAUCCGAAAACAUUUACAAGUCCCGUGAUUUCGCCCAUCGAUUCGGAUGCGUCAUCGACAAAUGCGCUAAUCGAAAAGCAAAAAUCCAUUCUGUUCAAUUUGCAAAGUAGCAGCAGUAAAUCGACGCUAGACGAUGCCAUCGAUUUCGAUAAAAUCAAUUUUGACGAGGAUUACGACGAUGAUUCAAAGCAGCAAAAGGAAAUCUCAACAUUUACCACGGAACUAACCAAAGAGUUUGAUCUGUUGUUUAGCCGCGCCGAAAAUGAGGCGGUGGUGCAAGAUGAAGCGAAUGCAUCGUCAAAUGGUGUUACACCGAAGAAUGCGGCGAAUUCAAGUGAAAUGGAUAUGAAAGUCGCAUCAUCAGUAACACCAACCAAUUUACAUGCGGAUUUAAUGCGAGACUAUAAUCAAUUUGGCAUUGAAUCAGAUUCCUCGUCAACGCCAAAACCACUAACUCCCGCCCCAAAUCGAAUGCCAACCCGAUAUUCAAUGCAAAAACUUGAACCGUACUUCUUUUCGGACGAUGUGACCGGAAGCAAUGAUCAUGAAAAAACCGCUGCCACCGUGUCCAAUGCAAACGACUCCACCAAAUUACCAACCAAUGUCAAUACAACAGCACUCGACGCAAAGAGUGACUAUUGUAAGUUACUUGAUACGACGACAACGCACGACGGUUCAUUUUUGCAGAAGAAAAUUCUAUCGAAAUUGAAAAAGAAUAAAAGUCAAUCGUUAGGCAAUUUAAAUAAGAAAAGCCGCUGUUUUCCAUUGUAACAGCGGCAUUUCAAUUUUAUUUGAAUUGAUUUAUGUUUAUUCUGUUUCGUUGACGAAUUUGUGCGAGCCAGCAGCAUCGAUUGCAGCUCAUUCACAAUUCAGUCAACGCACACACUGCACUCAGUGUUUUUCUAUAAAUAGGAAAACCAAUAUACACUUGUAAAUUCAUUUUACGAUCAAUUUUUGCAAUUACCUUUUUUUCCGUUGACAUUUUGUUGUUAUGUUAGAUAGUUUUUUUUCUUUCUUUUGUUGUUAUCAUUAUUCUAAUCCUUUUAUCAAUAUUAUUGUUAUUAUCAUAUGUUGAUGUGAUUUGAAUUUUAGUUGACGAUAAGAAAUAAUCAAUAAAAUUGAAAGGAAAAAACCACACUUUGUAAAUGAAA